ACAUCUGCUGUAUCCUUGAAAUCAACAACAGAUAACGACCACGUGUUCACAAAGACAUGCACUUACAAAGGUAAUGUUUACGCUAUAAAGUUCUUCAGUCCAGGAAAGCGGAUCGCACUAACACCGCCAUUACUGUUGGAAUUAAAACAGGAUAUUCUCGAGAACGAGGUCAUCAAAUUGGACUGGAUGUUCAGAUAUUCUCUUAUGCUUGACGUGUGCAAGGGAUUAGAAUAUCUUCAAAACAGUUUUCUUCGUUGUCAUGGUAACCUGAAAUCGUCUAAUUGUGUCGUUGACAGCCGAUUUGUCCUUAAGCUCACGGACUUUGGUCUCAGUGAGCUACGCCCACCUGUUCCCACCUACACAGAUACAGGCGGUGUCUUUGAUAACAUAGCGGACGAAGAAAAGGUAUUUAAAAGUAUGCUUUGGAAGGCCCCGGAGAUUUUAAGAGGAAGCGUCCUUUCAAGCGGAAAUCAGAAGGCCGAUAUUUACGCAUUUUCUAUCAUUAUGCAAGAGAUUGCAAUACGUUGUGGACCCUUCUACACGGAUGAAUACAACCUAACGCCAGCAGAAAUGAUUGAGAACGUGAGAUCUGUGCAUUCUCCUCCAUUUCGACCGUUAGUAGGGGGGCUCGACUGUCCGAAAGAACUCGAGGGACUGAUGACACGGUGCUGGGCAGAGGACCCAAGUGAAAGACCAGAUAUAUCGCAUAUUAAAGGCAUAGUACGAAAACUCAACCCCGCAACUAAAAAAGGUGACAAUAUACUGGACAAUUUACUAGCCCGUAUGGAACAAUACGCUAACAAUCUAGAAGGUUUGGUGGAAGAGAGAACAUCACAGUAUUUAGAGGAGAAGAAACGAGCUGAAGAUUUGUUAGACAGACUUUUACCAAGAUCUGUCUCCAGUCAGCUAAAACAAGGCAUGAAUGUGCAAGCAGAGUGGUUUGAUGAAGUAACGAUAUAUUUUAGUGACAUUGUAGGUUUUACUGCAUUAUCGGCAUGCAGUACCCCCAUACAGAUAGUGGACCUUUUGAAUGAUCUAUAUACGUGCUUCGAUGCAAUUAUCGAUAACUAUGACGUUUACAAGGUUGAGACGAUAGGAGACGCGUAUAUGGUGGUGUCAGGGUUACCUGUUAGGAAUGGCGACCACCAUGUUUGCGAAAUAGCCAAGAUGUCACUGACCUUGCUCGAAGCAGUUAAUACAUUUAAAAUCAGACACAUGCCAACAGAACAGUUGAAAUUGCGAAUAGGUGUUCAUUCAGGUCCCGUAUGUGCAGGUGUGGUUGGUCUUAAAAUGCCACGGUAUUGCUUGUUUGGCGACACGGUUAACACCGCAUCCAGGAUGGAAUCGAAUGGCGAGCCACGCAAAAUACAUAUUAGCGUUACCACAGCAACGCUUCUCAGUAAAUUCCAAGAAUUUGAAUUAACGCUCAGAGGUGAAGUCAAAGUAAAGGGCAAAGGUUCCAUGACAACAUACUGGCUAAUAUCUUAUAAAGAUCCUGACAGAGGAAUUAGUAGCGUCAGAAGUAACGUAAUAUUGAACAAUCUGAACUCAUCGUGUUGUAAAUGA